UUAUUUUUUGGCGGAGCUGCACAUUUCCUGGUUCAGUGCAUUGGGAUCUGCGACCAGCUGACUGGUCGCCUCGAGGUCUGGCUCAGGAUCAGUUGGUGACGCUGAAGCUGGGGUCUGUGACUUCCUGCAGAUUGUCGCGAAGAAGGGGAGUUAAGACGAAACUGGGGUUCUCAGGAAGGCGAUCGGAUCUGCAGGCAAGGGAGAAGUCACACUUUUUCCUUGCCUGGUGGAUCCCAGGAGGGUCUCGAUCCAGCAGUGCUGCUUCCAUGAGCAAAUGCAGAGCAGCUCAGGCUUGAGCCCGCUGCUGCUGCCGCUGGUUUCAGGAAGGGGUCCAGAUUUGGAGACGGAUUUCCAGAAGAUGCUUUGGCUGUCUGCAGUCCUGCUUUCAUUCUUAGAAGCCAGACGCAGGCAGAAAGUGAACAGGGGCAACUGACAGGCUUGGAGGGUCUGGCAGAAGCUUUCACCCAGACUUGAGGAAGAUCUGCCUGCACUGCAAGUGCCCUCAGGAGGAGCACAUGGUGACGGUGAUGCCCUUGGCGAUGGAGAAGACCGUCAGCAAACUCAUGUUUGACUUCCAGAGGAACUCGACCUCGGACGAUGACUCUGGCUGCGCCCUGGAGGAGUACGCCUGGGUCCCACCGGGGCUGAAGCCUGAACAGGUUCACCAGUAUUAUAGCUGUCUCCCAGAGGAGAAAGUUCCCUAUGUCAACAGUCCUGGAGAGAAACUUCGAAUCAAACAGCUAUUACACCAGCUGCCACCACAUGACAAUGAGGUUCGCUAUUGCAACUCCCUGGACGAGGAAGAGAAAAGGGAGCUGAAACUCUUCAGCAACCAGAGGAAACGUGAAAACCUGGGCCGAGGCAAUGUCAGACCCUUCCCAGUCACCAUGACAGGAGCAAUCUGUGAACAGUGUGGAGGCCAGAUCAACGGCGGGGACAUCGCUGUGUUCGCGUCACGUGCCGGCCACGGUGUCUGCUGGCACCCACCCUGCUUUAUAUGCACCGUCUGCAACGAGCUCCUGGUGGAUUUGAUCUACUUUUACCAAGAUGGGAAGAUCUACUGUGGCAGGCACCAUGCAGAGUGCUUGAAGCCACGUUGUGCAGCCUGUGACGAGAUCAUCUUUGCAGAUGAAUGCACAGAAGCUGAGGGGCGGCACUGGCACAUGAAACACUUCUGCUGCUUCGAGUGUGAGACAGUGCUGGGCGGCCAGCGCUACAUCAUGAAGGAGGGAAGGCCCUACUGCUGCCACUGCUUCGAGUCCCUGUAUGCAGAAUAUUGCGACACCUGUGCUCAACACAUAGGGAUCGACCAAGGUCAAAUGACCUAUGACGGCCAGCACUGGCAUGCCACAGAGACCUGUUUCUGCUGUGCCCACUGCAAGAAAUCCCUCUUAGGGCGGCCGUUUCUCCCAAAACAAGGCCAGAUAUUCUGCUCUCGGGCCUGCAGUGCCGGGGAGGACCCCAAUGGCUCUGACUCCUCUGAUUCGGCCUUCCAGAACGCCAGGGCCAAGGAGUCAAGGCGCAGUGCCAAAAUUGGCAAGAACAAAGGCAAGACGGAGGAGCCCAUGCUGAACCAGCACAGCCAGCUGCAGGUGAGUUCAAACCGACUGUCAGCCGAUGUGGACCCCCUGUCGCUGCAGAUGGACCUGCUCAGCCUGUCCAGCCAGACGCCCAGCCUCAACCGGGACCCCAUCUGGAGGAGCCGGGAUGAGCCGUACCAUUACGGGAACAAGAUGGAACAGAACCAGUCGCAGAGCCCAUUGCAGCUCCUGAGCCAGUGCAACAUCAGAACUGCCUAUAGUCCUGGGGGGCAGGGGGCCGGGGCCCAGCCUGACCUGUGGGCCAAGCACUUCAGCAACCCCAAAAGGAGCUCAUCGCUGGCCAUGAAGGGGCACGGUGGCAGCUUCAUCAAGGAAUGCAGAGAGGACUAUUACCCAGCCAGGCUGAGAUCCCAGGAGAGCUACAGCGAUAUGUCCAGCCAGAGCUUCAGCGAAACCCGAGGCAGCAUCCAAGUCCCCAAAUACGAGGAGGAAGAAGAGGAGGAGGAAGGGGGCCUGUCCGCUCAGCAGUGCCGGACCCGCCAUCCUAUCAGUUCGCUAAAGUACACAGAGGACAUGACGCCUACAGAGCAGACCCCUCGGGGCUCCAUGGAAUCGCUGGCCCUGUCAAACACAACAGGCCUCUCUGCGGAUGGUGGCGCCAAGCGCCAGGAACACCUCUCCCGGUUUUCCAUGCCUGACCUCAGCAAAGACUCCGGGAUGAAUGUAUCCGAGAAGCUGAGCAACAUGGGCACGCUGAACUCGUCCAUGCAGUUCCGCAGCGCAGAGUCCGUUCGCAGCCUGCUCUCCGCCCAGCAGUAUCAGGAGAUGGAGAGUAACCUCCACCCACUCGGCAACCCCAUCGGGUACAGAGACCUGCAGGCCCAUGGAAGGAUGCAUCAGAGCUUUGACUUUGAUGGGGGCAUAGCGGGCAACAAGCUGCCGGGGCCAGAGGGUGUGAGAAUCCAGCCCAUGAGCGAGCGCACGCGGAGGAGAGCUACUUCCCGUGAUGACAACCGCCGCUUCCGACCUCACCGGUCCAGGCGAUCACGACGCUCCCGCUCGGACAACGCCCUCCACCUGGCCAGCGAGCGCGAGGCCAUCUCUCGGUUAAAAGAAAGGCCCCCCCUGAGAGCCAGGGAGGACUAUGACCAGUUCAUGCGCCAGCGGAGCUUCCAGGAGAGCUUGGGCCAGGGGUCCCGGAGGGACCUGUAUGGCCGAUGCCCCCGUACUGUGUCGGACCUGGCUCUGCAGAAUGCCUUCGGGGACCGAUGGGGACCCUACUUCACGGAGUACGAUUGGUGUUCCACUUGCUCCUCCUCUUCGGAGUCUGACAACGAGGGCUAUUUCCUAGGCGAGCCCAUCCCCCAGCCCGCCCACCUGCGAUACGUCACGAGUGACGAGUUACUACAUAAAUACAGCUCAUACGGCCUUCCCAAGUCUUCCACGCUAGGAGGCAGGGGACAGUUGCACAGCAGGAAAAGACAAAAGAGCAAAAACUGUAUCAUUUCUUAAUCCGAUGAGGGUCAGGGACCAGGGGAAGAUGGGAGCUAAGAAUGUACAUUCAGAAACUUGCACUGUUUUAAAUUUUAAAGCGCUUUGGGGGUGGGGGGUGGCUCCAGGGAGAGAAGAAAAGAGCACUCUGUUGAUGGAGAUAGGGUGACUGAUUGACUCGGUAGGUAGUCACAGUUCUUGGCAUGUUGAGUAUUAUUUGCACAUUUCACUUUGGAAACGCUAUAGACUCUACAGAGGCCAGGGUUGGUCACCUCCUUCCCGUCCCUCUGUGUCAAGUUGCCACUGGCAAGAUGGCAAAAUUGUUUCCCCGCUCGCUUGUAGCCUCUCUGGUUCUCUUACUUUUAGGACCCUUUUUCCAGUAAGUAAUUUGUUUUAUUAGCCAGGACCCAAGACUAAGUUAUUACAUGUCCAUUGUAAAUGCAAUGUAAAUGAGAGUUCUGAUAAAAUAUUUUUGUAUUUUGUAAUAUCAAAGGAAUUUCUAUAUCGUAGGACUCAGUGGCGACUUGCAUGCACAUCUAGCAUUGUCUUUGAGUAGUACUCCAAGGUGGUCAGGACCACUUUUUUUUUCUUCUUUCUAUACAAAUUUGUUACAUGUCAGUGAGACCUUUUUCAAAGGAGUUUACCCAAUUUGGCUUUUUGUGGCUGAAAAAAAUAAUUACCUAUUACACCCAAAGCAUUUGAUGCUCCAUCCUAUCUUAAGGAGUCAUCCUUAAGUUUGCUCCCACCCUCAGUAGAAUCUCUUCUCUACAGAGUGAUAGUAAUUUUUUAAUUCAUAUUUGCCAACGUAACUUUUGCCAAUUUAGAAAAACCAACCAGUGUCAAUCCAGUUCCAUGAGCAACGCCAUCCCUGCUGGGGACACUGAAGUUGCUUACCAUUGAUCUGUCCCUUGGGGAAAAUCAAGUGACUGUGAGUGGUGCUGUUGUGUGGUGUCAGCAUGACAUUGUUUUGAAUGUGGCAUUAUUUUCUGGUGCUCAUGUUUCCUGGAUCGUAUUACCUGCUUUCUUUUACCAAGGCAGACAGAACAGCUGCCUUAGCCUGACAACCGGUUGUCCUCAGCGCAAAUGAACUUCAGCAUUGGGAAUUUCAGGACAGAAAGGUUCCAAGGGGCUCUGGGAUGAUGUGUUCUAGGUCAUAGGUCAUAUGUGGAGAAGGAACAGAUCAAAGUUAGAGACUUGAAAAGGAAUAUGAAGGAAGAGCAGAGCAGAGAAGAACUUCUGAAAAUGGAGUAGAGGAGAGGCAAUGACCACUUUGAAUAGCCCCCCAUGCUUGUAGGAAAGAAAGAUUAACAUGCUCCGUAACCAGAGUUUCUGGGUUACCUAGAAAGGUUGAGCUACCCAGGAGAUUUCAGUGUAGUGGUCUUGAAAAGCACAUGUUAUUGAAAGAAGGAUUUCCAUUUGGAACUUUGGGGACCGUCGGUCAGACAGAAAAUGGGCUCACAAGUGAGUUUGCUUAAAGAAGACAUUUAACGGUUGUGUUGUUUAUAGUAAAAUAAAACCUCCUACCUUGCUUCAGUUACAAAUGAAGCGCUUGCUUUUACUUCCAUUCUCCUCCUCCCCUUUGUGGAUUGUGGCAGUUGAAAUAAUCCAUCGGAGGACCCACCUUUAGUGAGGUGUACUGUUGAUAUAGUACAAAGUGCAUCUCAGUGGCCGUCUGCCACGGUGAGGUGAGCGUGGUCUCUUUUCAAUAGUAGUUAAUAUUUUCUAGUAUUUUUUAAUGGAGAGAAUGUGAAAAAUGGCUUUUCAGACACCAUCCCAAGUGGGUCUGGGGGAAAGGAAGGCUGUCAGGAUGUGGAAAUGGCACUCCGUUCAGGAUGUAUUAAAAUAAUUUGCUUUUUGGGUGUUAAUAUGACAUUUGUCAUUGUCACUGAUGUUUUUUAAAAAAAAAAGCAAUGCAAAUGUUGGUUGUGGCUGUUUUCCGCAUGCUUUCUUCAUAUCUAAAUGCUUCAUUAAUUAUCCAAGCCUCUGGAGAAUUAACUCUAUUACGUUUGUAUAGUAAGUUUGUAAACUGCUUGGCAAACUGAAUAAGAAAUAAUGUGCACCACCACGUGACCAACGUGGCAGGUUUCUGGUAGAAAUUGGGCGAGUCCAAUUUGGAGUUCUGAGUUCCUUGAUUGAUGAGAAUACAAAAAGGCAUUUUGGAUAAAGAAAAGAGAGGAAAAAAGAAGUUAGAUCGUUUAACUUAGCCAGCAACUGAAAAUAAGGUCUGUCCUCUAGCCUGGAAUCCAAGGAAAGAAAUUCUCCUAGUAAACAUUGCUUUCUAACUCUGUCCUUUUUAGAGUACCUCUUAACAUGUCCCAGAUGAGGCUUUAACCACCAUCCACAAAAGAAGAAUGUGGCCUAGAAACUGACACAUAAGUGGUACCCAAAGGGAUGAGAGGAAUAAGCAAUUUCAGAUCUAGCUGCCCAGGAGCAUCCAUCUGCUGAACUGGUCAGAGUUGGAGGUAUGAUGAGAUGCAGGCAUCAUGGUCAGAUGGUCCACAAGCAAGAUCACCUCCCUCUAUGUCACCCCUGCAGCUGUCACCUCCUGACCGCACAUGCAGCCGGACACUAUGGAGAAUGCCAACGGAGGACAGCUAAAUCCUCACGAUGAGGAUGGAACCUCCAAGUGAAUGCCCUAGAGAGAGCAGGAUGUCACUCUAUUGGGAGUUCCACCUAUUAGGAAGCACUUACAUAUCCCAGAAUCCCAUUCCCCAAAAUUCAAUGCAUUCUUUUCUGAGGCAAGAUCUGAGGGUCCUUAUCUGAUUUCUCCAUCAUCGCCAGGAGCUCUUGGUGAUUCAUGUUUCACCUGAGGGUAGAGCUUGCUCCCACCUUUUUCUUAGAUCAUCAUUUCAUCUUUCAUAGACUGUUUUUAUAAAAGUAAUCUUUUCUCGGUUUCUUCUCUAAUGCCUUUUGUUUGGCUUUAUUUCCUACCUCUCCUCAUACUGAUCUUCUUACCUUUUAGAUAAAACCACACUUUGGAGUUCAUUUCAUUUCCUGUUGCUGCUCAAUUCAGUGGCAACGGAAUUGGUUCUUUCCCAAGCAGAAGUCAUUGAUAGUUUCCUGAAAAGCUCUGCCGAUGCUUAUCACCCUUGUUACCAUGAACAAGUUUCUUAGCAGACUGGUGGCAUUCAAGUACCAAUCCAUCUGUCAUAUAGUUUGGGGGUUCCUACCAAGUGUGAAGAUAAAAGAGGUCAGGGAAACCAGGACCACACUUCCUGGUUUUGCAAACAUUUAAGUGGGGGGAAGUUUUUAGUAUUGGUUGUUUGACAAGCUCUUAUCACAUUCUCCUUCUCUUCCCUGGUCUUUCCCUUCCACCUUCAGCCAGCCCCACAAACAAGCAAUUUUGCCUUUCUCCUAGACCUGCUGAUAGCACUUUUUCAUUCUCUUUUCCCAUUCUGUAGGAUGUUUCUUUGAUACAAGAAGAUUUUAUCUUUUCCCCCCUGCAGCAGCUUUCUGCUUCUUAGGUACCAGCCAGUGGCUAAGUUCAGGUGGGGCCAGUGAUGCCAUCUAUUAUAGCACAUGCUCUGUCAUCCCAGCAUCCUGAGCACAUGUAACCAAGAUACCACUGCCUACUUCCCAGAGAGCAAGGAUGCAGCUGCAAAAAUCUUUGCAACACUCCAAACAGCCAGAACUGGCUGAUCAGAACUGAUUUUAUUUGCCUGGUGACAAAUCCUAUUUGUGAAAUGGCUCUUUGUCUCUCCCCACCUGAGCUCUUUUGUCAUGGACCCAAAACAGUUCACCAUCAUCCAUAAAUAAUUGUGAGGCUCCAGUUCCUAUGCCCUUGUAUUGCAGAUGCUUAAAAAAGGGUUUUUAAUUUAAUUUUAUUUUUUUAAAGCUGACUUCUUUAGGCUAAACAAAGACACACCUCUUUGGCCUCCUUUUCCAUUCUCGUGUUCUUGGCCAAUUAUAGGCAGCCUUCUAUUCACCAUUUCACAGAGGUCAGAUAAGAGUCCAUCUUAUUCUUGGUCUAAUCCUACCUUCUAACAAGAAAUAACACAAAUAUUUAAAUUCCAAGGCGAAGUGCUCUUUGCGUGUUUCUCUCUAACAGAAACCAGAUGCUCCUGUGUGAGAAGGAGGCUCUAUCUAUGACAAAAGGAAGUGGACGAUGGAUUCAGUUUUCUGAGGAUUUCAUGCCAAAAGGGUUGCCCUCAGCAACUGUUCAGCACCUUCGGGGCUUUGAAAUGGGCUCUGUGGACAGCGUUCACUGUGCAGGACUCCGCCAAGCCUCCUCUGCCGAUUCUCAGGGCAGUUCCAGAUGGCCGCCUUUUGAGGUACAUUUCUCAAAGCACAAGAGAAACAGAAACGAGAGUUGUCCUUGCCUCCAGUGGUCAGUCCCUCUGGGGCCUCAGCAGACACCAGAGCCUAUGUGACCACUUGGAAGCAGUCGUCAAGGUUGGAAUUGCAAAAGAUCUUAGUCUUUUUCCAUUUUCUCAUAAUAGAAGGCCCAUCAACACAAGACUCCUAUGAAACAUGACUUACUGUUGGGAGCUAUGCUGUUUUAUAAGCUUACUUCCUGCUGACAAAACUAGCUAUCCCCAAGGGGAAUAAAAAGGAGGGAGUAGGGAGUCACGUAGUGUUAGAAAACAUUUCUGUGAUUUAGAUACGAUGAAUUUGUAGGAUAGAAAAAAAAAAAUGUCUUGUUCUAUCCUGAGAGUUUUCUGAGACAUCCCUCGCCCUAUUCAGUAUUUGCCCAUUGAUGUUCCAUAGGUCGCUGACCAUGCUUUUCUAAAUUUCUCAGAGUUACUCACCAGUUAGGUUAUCUAGUUAAUUUCCAUGGUUUUCCAUCAAGCAUUUUGGUUCCAUCAUAGACCCUGACUUAACAUUCUAAGGCCCCUGGGUCUUCCUUUUUCCUUAGAAAGUUAGGCCUUUGGCAGUUUUCCAUCUUCUAAACACAUCCUUUCCUAUGCAGGAUCACUUUGUCCAACCCCCACGUGAAUUCCAAGUGCAUAAACAAAACCUCAAAGGGCCUGAGAAGGUGAGGCACGCCAGAGUCUGUGUUGUGUGUCAAUGUCAAGCUAUUUGUUAAGAAGGUCUGCAGUGGACCUUGGGUGUGGGCUCUGCCAGAGACUGUCGUGAACACUUUGCUUGAGAUCCGUGCCCUGUAAAAUGAAUAUGAUGUUUUACUGAUGUCUGUAAUACAUUUGUAAACUUACAAUAAAAUUUGAAUAAAAGAAAUGAUGCCGUU